CCAACCAAGCUCAAUAACUUAUAUCUAACAAUUUAAAGACUAAUUAAGAAUAGCAACUCUCUUUUAUUCCCCUCUUCAACAAAACAGCACAAAAUAAAGAUGGUGAACUACCCAUCAAUCCGAUGCAUCUUCUUUGUGGCUCUCUUCAUCAGUAUUUUCACCAUUAAUGUUUCGAUUUCAAGUGCUGCUUCAAGUCAUGGAGAAGUUGAGGACGAACACGAGUUUAACUACAAGAAGAACGAUGAGAAGGGGCCAGAGAGGUGGGGAGAACUUAAACCGGAAUGGGAAUUGUGUGGCAAAGGAGAGAUGCAAUCUCCCAUUGAUCUUAUGAACGAGAGAGUUAUCAUUGGUUCUCAUCUUGGAAGGCUUAAUAGAGACUAUCAACCUUCCAAUGCCACUCUUAAGAACAGAGGCCAUGACAUUAUGUUAAAAUUUGAAGAUGGAGCAGGAAGUAUUAAGAUCAAUGGUUUUCAAUAUGAACUCCAACAGCUUCAUUGGCACUCUCCGUCAGAGCAUACAGUCAAUGGAAGAAGGUUUGCACUUGAGCUGCAUAUGGUUCACGAAGGCAAAAAGGGGAGAAUGGCUGUGGUGACAGUGUUGUACAAGAUUGGAAGAGCAGAUACUUUCAUCAGAUCGUUGGAGAAUGAAUUAGAGGGCAUUGCUGAAAUGGAGGACGCAGAGAAAAAUGUAGGGGUGAUUGAUCCCACCAAAAUCAAGAUCGGAAGCAGAAAAUAUUACAGAUACACUGGUUCACUUACCACUCCUCCUUGCACUCAGAACGUUACUUGGACCGUCGUUAAAAAGGUUAGAACCGUGACAAGAAAACAAGUGAAGCUUCUCCGCGUGGCUGUGCAUGAUGAUUCAAACUCGAAUGCGAGGCCGGUUCAACCAAUCAACAAGCGCACUGUGCACAUGUACAGACCAAGAGUUUGAUAUAUGAAGACAUUAAAUAAAAUGUGAUGAAGACAUUAAAAGUUUUUACUACUCUUUAAUUCUUCAUAUAAACAUCAUAAGUAUUUGCUAAAAAAAAAAAAAAAAACAUCAUAAGUUAAAACAGUGAUUUCUCUAGUUACUCUUCGUUAAAUUGUUUUGAUGAUUAUAUUUUUGUAAACACAAAUAAUUAUAUUAUUUAAUUUGCCGUUUAAUU